AACUUUUGUGCCUAAAGUUUCUCCGGAAGUUGAAGGCGAAUGUUUCCGGAACACGUGGCCGCUCCUGUAACAGCUGGUCAGCGACAGGAAGGAGUGAAAGCAAAGAUGAUUUCCCUCACAGACUCCCAGAAAAUUGGAGUGGGGCUAACAGGAUUUGGUGUAUUUUUUCUGUUCUUUGGGAUGAUCCUAUUUUUUGAUAAAGCACUCCUUGCUAUAGGAAAUAUCCUUUUUGUUGUUGGCCUGUCAUUCGUUAUCGGUUUGGAGAGGACGUUUAGGUUCUUCUUUCAGAAGCACAAGAUGAAAGCCACCAGCUUCUUCUUAGGGGGCGUCUUUGUGGUGCUGAUUGGAUGGCCCAUAGUCGGAGUGAUUCUAGAGUUUUACGGCUUCUUCCUUUUAUUCAGGGGAUUCUUUCCAGUUGUAAUAGGCUUCAUCAGGAGGAUUCCUUUGCUUGGAUAUUUGCUGAAUCUUCCCUUCAUUGGUGGGCCCUCCUAAGGCUAAGAAGACAUUCAGCCAUCUUGUUCGUGGACUCCAUGAGUGAAAGCAACAACAUGGUUUAACAGAGACUGAUUGUUUAAAAAAACUCUUAUUUAUGAUGUAUUUUCUAAAGCUUUACCUUAAAACAGCCAUGUGAAAUCAAGAGAAGUCAUAUUACUGAAGCUUUAUAUUCAGACACGUUUCCAUUGUACGGAGGACGUCUGAGUGAGCACAAUGUUUCCGACAACAAGAAGCGAACUGUGCAGCAUGGAAAGAAGCAAUCUACAGAGCUGCAUCGCUGGACCCAGUGUCCUUCCACAACAUGUAUACUUCAUGAAUGCAUACUUCUUGAAGUAGUCAGCAGAGGUCAUCCCAUGAGGGACAGUUUGUUGAAUGUGUAGAAGAAUGAUAAAAAUGGCCUUGUUACAAUGUUGUAUCUAUGGUGCCAUUUUAAAGAGCCGGGAUAGCAGUAUGACUAUUAAUUUCUAGUUUUUGCCGGCAAACCUGUUGAAGCACCAAGUGCGAUAUUUUCACUGUUGUAAAAUCAGCUGUUACCUUACUAAUUCUUACUUCUUACUAAAGAAAUGUUGCCAUCAUCUGUUUCUUGCUCUGUUUUAUCUAACAUGUAUCUACAAUUUGUAUUGUUGUAAAUCUCAGCACUGGGAUUGGAUAAUUAUUCGGCAGCUACAAACUUUUGUAAAUAUAGUGAUUUUUAUUUGAUUCAUUUUAUUUUUGGCCGUUUUGAUUUGUUAGGUAGUGGACAAUAAUUAUUUGGGAGGGUGGGAGAGCAUGACUAAUUAGAAUAUUUAAAAGCAGGGACUAAUAACUAAAUGUUUUUCAUUUUGGUUCGUUCUGAGCAGAAACCGUAUUUUUUUUUUUUUUUUUCAGCAUUCUGCAGCCUCUUUCCAAUUGGUAACCAGUUAGAAUGAAAUUGAAGAACGGUUAAUAACGUUCUUUUUUUUUUUAUUGACAGUACUCUACUGAAGUGCAAUAGAUCUCUCAUGAAAAAAAGCCCCUGGUCUGGGAAAACACACUCAAAAUAAGGGACUUCCUUUUUUCAGAAAAACACACAU